UUUCCUCGCGGCCAUUGUUCGGCGGGUCUCUGUGCAGUCAACAUGGGUCUGACGGCGCCUCUCAUGGUGUUGCUCCUGGCGUCCGCGGCCAGUACCGGCAUCGCGGCGGGCAUAUGCCCAUCCGUCCACUCCAUCUACCCGUGCAAGUGUAUCAGCACGGUGCUGGGCCUGCGGGUCAUGUGUUCGGGAGUCAGGAGCCCUCGGGCUCUGACUCUUCCGUUCGACAUUCUGGCCAAAUACCCCAUCCACACCCUGGCGAUGCGCAAGAUCAACUUCUCCAUCACCGUGGACCUGUUCAGCGGACUCAACCUGGUCUCCAUCAAGAUCUUAAACUCGGUGUACAGGGUGAGCGAGGUGACGAACAAGGCGCAUUCGACCUUCCUCAACUUGGAAGAGAAGCUCGAAGUACUCGAGGUGAGCCAUACCACUCUGGACUUCGGCAACACCAAUCUGGGGGCCAUGAGGCGACUAUCCAAGAUGAGCAUCGGCGACAGCAGUGUCGACGUCCUGCGGAAGGGCUGGUUUGACGGACUCAGCGACUUGCGCACCUUCUCGAUUUCCAAUUCCAAACUCGGACACGUGGAAGACGAGGCUCUCUCGGGACUCGCGAACGUGGAUACCAUUGAGCUCAGGUCCUGCCACCUCGGAAUAAUUCACAGGAACUACUUCCCCCCCAUUGCGUACAAACUUGAAGAGCUUGACCUCAGCGACAACAAACUCAGCUGGCUGCCUGACAACCUCUUCACCAACAUGCCGCAUCUGCAGACGGUGGUGCUCAGCCGGAACGCCUUCAAGGUCCUCUCACCCAAGCCCUGGACAACCUGGCUUGGGCAGCUGAGCAAACUUAACCUGGAGGGUAACCCUAUAGUGUGCAACCACACCAUCUCCUGGCUGCUCCGUGGAGAACUCAAAGGAAAGGUGGUCGGCCGCUGCGCCGAGCCCAUGGAGCUGGCCGGAAUGUCCCUUGCUGAUCUCGAUGAUCUCAGGUGGACAAGAUAACGCUGCGUCCGCAGCACAGGGCGUGUCUGGAGCACACCAGCGUUCGGCGGUGACCUGUUCUUGGCGCCCGGAAGGCUUGGAGGCUCGCCAUACCUUCGCGACCACAAAUCCUACUCCUCAUCCAACUCUCGUCGUGAACUGUCAAGCGAACCCUGGUAUCCGCCCCACGACUACGCACAUCACAGACCUAAGCGUGAAGACUUCACUCGUUCAACGGUGGCAGAAGCUUCGCGAGACCCUGGUGGACUUUGCACGAAACGUGCCGUCGCCCGAGAGGGCUGCGGACAACGACGGGGCGUGGACUGUGCCCAAGGCUUGGUUACUGCCGUGGGUCCAACUCAAAAUGCUUUAAAAAAUUAUCACGGCUGCUUCCAUCAUCCCAUUUAUACCGCAUUGAAACUUCGUGUUGUUUCUGAAUCGCUGUGAAAGGCGUCCGAUGGUCUUGUCGAACCUGGAGGCAGGACACAACGACGAGCCCUGUAAACGCACAAAUCCCUACCUUCAAAUACUUCGGGUGUCUGGAAGAGGAAGGAAGCUUUUUUCGGAAACAAGAAAAUACUUUUAUUUCACUUUGUAAAAUGUCGGGCGGAGUUGGAAACGGAUAUCUCACGCCACGUCCAUGAAGACGCGGCAGUUAUCUUGCCAGGUCAACAUGUGAAUACCCAUCGGGUCGGAGUCUCUUUGAGGAAAGUGAAAUUCCCGCCAUGCUCAAUAUUCUUGGGCCAUAGACAGCCCCUCGUCGACCUUUUCCUCUUCUCUGGUGUGUUUGUGAACAUUGUAGUUCUCGUCGCAAACUGUAACAGUGACUGUGAUAGCGGCAUCCGUGGGAGGACUCGGAGGACUUCAGUAUGAACACCCCGGGACACUGUAAGCAAUGUUCACGCCGAGUGUCUCAUGAGCAGAACUGGUGCAUCCGAUGUCAGGCACUACUGACCUGUCGCCAAGGUGCCGUGUCCCACUCAAUGUAGAUUUUCAUCUAUAGCGAAAAAAAAUGGUUACACAAGCAGUCUGAACAAAAGCGGGGACAAUAUAGGACAUGAACAGGGUAGCACUUGGCUCUCCACAUGGACACACGCUAGCUGGACAAUUUUCAUUUGUUUUAUAUUCUGUGAUGAGCGUCGAAAUAAAGAUACCGAUAAUAAACACCAAUAACACGAAUGAA